CCAAUAGAACGAAGCGGAGGGCGGGCCUGGGGGCGCGCUGGCCAAUGAGCUGCGGAGGCGUGGCGGACUGGGGACCGUUCGAGGCCUGGCACGGACGCGGAGCCGCGCAGCUUGAUCCCAGCCCAGCGGCCGGCGGCCCCCCCCUGCCCGGCGCCAUGAACGUCUUCGACCGCAGCAUCAACUUGGACGCGCUCUUCAAGUUCUCCCACAUCUCGGCGUCCACCCAGGAGCAUCUCAAGAGGGUCUACGCCAGCUUCGCCCUCUGCAUGUUGGUGGCGGCCGUGGGGGCGUACGUCAAUGCAGUGACCCACCUCUUCCAGCUGAGCCUCCUGACGGGCCUGGGCGCGCUGGGGCUCAUGAUGUGGCUCACGGCCACCCCGCACAGCCGCGACACCGAGCGCAAGAGGCUGGGGAUGCUGGCGGGCUUCGCCUUCCUCACCGGCAUCAACCUGGGGCCGCUGCUGCAGAUGUGCAUCUCCAUCAACCCCAGCAUCAUCCCCACCGCCUUCCUGGGCACCGCCACCAUCUUCACCUGCUUCUCGCUGAGUGCCCUGUAUGCCCGGCGCCGCAGCUUCCUCUACUUGGGAGGAUUCCUGCUCUCCGGCCUCACCCUGAUGCUUCUCUCCUCCCUGGUUAACGCCUUCAUGGGAUCCACUUGGCUCUUCACGGCCAACCUCUACCUGGGGCUGAUGAUCAUGUGCGGCUUCGUGCUCUUUGACACGCAGCUCAUCAUUGAGAAGGCGGAGAGCGGGGACAAGGAUUACAUCUGGCACUGCGUCGAUCUCUUCCUGGACUUUGUCAACAUCUUCCGGGAGCUGCUCAUGAUCCUGGGCAUGACCGAGAACAAGAAGAAGGAGAAGAAGUGAAGCGGCUCCAGGCUGAAGUGGAGCCGUCCCCCUCUCAUUCCCACCCCAUCCCCAUCCCUGUCCCCAUCCCACCCAUCCCCGUUCCCUCUGGUCCAUUCCAGGGUUGCGCUUUGCUGCUGUGAGCAGCCGGAAGCUUUCGCCUCUGUGGGUUUUUCUCUUGUUCAAGCUUUUCUUUGAUUAGAAACCGGCCAAUUUGUGGAUCCUGCUGGAAUUUGGCUCUCCCCAAACCCCCAUUUCCCACCUCCCCCCCCCCGCCCUUAUCCCAGGUCCCGUAUCCCACAGCUGACACGUUCCGGAGCUUUCCAGAGUCACCGUGACCCCGCGGUACCCGGGAUGGGUGGGGGGGGCGGCGGGACCUGCCUGCAGCCAGAUUCUCCUUUAGUGCCAAGAAAUCCAACGGGAAGGCAGCGGCGGGGCCGGCGCGAUCCCGAUCCUGCCGCCGCCUCUCUUUGUACACCAGGAUGAUUCAAUAAACGCUCAGAAUGGAACCCUCAGCCCCA